AUGGCGAAAAUCCUGGCAAAAUGCCACAAGAUUUUGGAGAGUGAAAUUCUUCGUCGCUCCUCACAAAUUGUUUCGGUUGUUGGUGAUCAAGCGUACAUUUUUGGUGGGGAGCUGCGACCACGCGAGCCUCGAGACAAUGAUAUCCACGCUGUUUCAUUGGACAACAGUAAGUUGUUGAUGAAUGAGAGGAUUCCGAAAUUUAACGAUGACACUGAAAAUCGUUACCAUAAUCUAGGGAAUGCCAGAGUUAUUUCCGAGCCUGCGACAUCCCAAUCUCCUUCGCCACGUGUUGGGACUGCAGCUUGUACACUGAACGGGAAGAUCUAUAUAUUCUCUGGACGAGGCGGUGUUGCGAUGGCACCUAUUGAGGAGCAGGGCGCGGUCUGGGAAUUCGACCCCGCGGCAGGAAGCUGGUCAUUCAUCUUGCCAUCAGACGCGAACGCAAAGGCGUUCCCGGUCGCUCGCAGCUAUCACUGUAUGGCUAGUGACGGGAAAGACACACUUUACCUCCAUGCGGGCUGCCCUGAAAAGGGAAGAUUAUCGGACCUAUGGGCUUUCAGCCUCUCUCGCAGAGACUGGACAGAACUUUCCCCAGCAUUUGAUCCUCCACGUGGAGGUACUUCGGUCGCCUUUACAGAUGGCAAGUUAUAUCGGAUGAAUGGGUUCGAUGGGAAUACCGAGCAGGGAGGAAGUGUGGACAUUUACUCCCCUGAAACGAAUUCUUGGACUUCGUACGUUUAUUCACCGGAUGGCAAAGCAGGCCCGGCACCGAGAAGCGUGAGUUGUUUGCUGCCGGUUCGUCUGAAAGAUCGGUCAUUCCUGAUCACCUUAUUUGGUGAGCAUGGCCCUAGUUCACUGGGCCACCAAGGAGCGGGAAAGAUGUUGAGUGACGUAUGGGCCUUUGACAUCAGAAGCAAGAAAUGGGAGGAAGUUGUUCUCCAAGGUGAACAACUUCCUCUUGCGCGGGGCUGGUUUGAUGCUGAUGUCUUCGGUGCAAAUACUAUUGUGGUUCAUGGUGGGCUAGGGGAAUCAAAUGACCGAUUGGAGGAUUUGUGGACUAUCGAACUCUCUUAA